AAGCAAUUCUGCUGAAGACAAUCGUGUCGAGUCGGAAAAGGCUAUAUAAGGACACGCCUUACGCCCAAACCUUUAUUUCAUUUUAGAAUUAAUCACAAUGAGGUUAAGGUAAGGGUCCGUUUUAGGUUUUUGCUAGUGGGUUUAAGCGUCAACUGUGUCCUUAUAGUCUUCCCCUGUCGAGUCAGGCGAUAUCAGGACAGUAGACUGGGAGGUCGCACUACGUCAGAAGGGCUGCUCUGUGAGUCUGAUUCAGUGUCGUGGAAAAAAAACGCACAGCCAUUCAUUUCUACGGGUCUCCCUGUCUGAACUGAAUGACUGGUCCUCGCUCUUUUUCUUCUUUUUUGUUCCAAUUGGGGCGAUCGAGGCUUUCGAAAGAUAAUUUUACAGCUAGCAAGUCGAACAGUCUACGAAAUAAUGCUGAAGUUCGAAAGUAAUGCCCAAGGAUGCUGAACCGGCUGGCAAGGCUGCAUUGUUCGGAGGAGCACAAGUCCUUUGUGCUUUCAUUCCUCAGCUCAUCCCGUGCUGCUUUGUCUUUAAUUUGCCGUGCGAUACAAACGGUGCCCAGCCCCGCGUCCCAGUCCCUCAACUAGAGGCCGACCUGGUCAACAUGAACCUGCAUGGCGCUAGUGGAGGCCUCGAACGCUGCAGGGACAGUGAUCGCCGGAGGUCUAGCGACCGCUCCCGAGACUCCUCCCACGAGAGGGGCGAGGGUCAGCUGACCCCUUGCAUCAGGAACGUCACCUCGCCCACCCGACAGCACAACAGCGAUCGUGAGCGGUGUGAGGGUGGUUCCUCCUCCAGGUCGUCGAGUCCUCGGCCCCCCAGGGCCUUAAUCUCCGUGGGGCCCAGCUGCAUCGCAGCGAGCAGGAGCAGCCUUCUCAGUACUGAGACCCACUGUAAGAGUCUGGGCCAUGGACACGUGCACGGUCCCUGUGACCACCUCUACGUCUAUGAGAACGCAAAGGAGGGGACGCGCACAUUACGGACCGCCGAGAGGGUCACUCUGAUAGUGGACAACACCCGCUUCCUGGUGGACCCAGCCAUCUUCACCGCCCAGCCUAACACCAUGCUGGGAAGAAUGUUUGGAUCUGGGAGAGAAUACAAUUUCACUAGGCCCAAUGACAAAGGAGAGUUUGAGGUGGCAGAUGGAAUCAGCUCAACGGUUUUUAGAGCUAUCCUGGAUUACUACAAAUCUGGGAUAAUCUGCUGUCCUGAUGGGAUCCCCAUUCCUGAGCUGAGAGAAGCAUGUGACUACCUCUGCAUCUCAUUUGACUACAGCACCAUCAAGUGUAGAGACCUCAGUGCACUCAUGCACGAGCUGUCCAACGAUGGAGCGAGGCGUCAGUUUGAGUUCUACUUGGAGGAGAUGGUGGUGCCGCUGAUGGUCGCCAGCGCCCAGAACGGAGAGAGGGAGUGUCACGUGGUGGUCCUGACUGACGACGAUGUGGUGGACUGGGACGAAGAGUACCCUCCGCAGAUGGGAGAGGAGUAUUCACAGAUUAUAUACAGCACAAAACUGUACAGAUUCUUCAAGUACAUAGAGAAUCGAGACGUUGCCAAAUCAGUAUUAAAAGACAGAGGACUUAAGAAAAUCAGACUUGGAAUUGAAGGUUACCCCACCUACAAGGAGAAGGUGAAGAAGCGUCCUGGCGGCCGGCCAGAGGUAAUCUACAACUAUGUGCAGCGGCCCUUCAUCCGCAUGUCUUGGGAGAAGGAGGAGGGCAAGAGCCGCCAUGUUGACUUCCAGUGUGUGAAGAGCAAGUCCAUCACAAACCUAGCAGCCGCCGCUGCGGACAUUCCCCAGGACCAGCUGGUCAACAUGCACCCUGGCCCUCAGGUGGACGAACUGGACAUCCAGCCUCAGCCAAGCUACCACUACGAGCCAGACCCAGACGCCCCCUCAGAGCACUGUAGUGACGAGCGAGUUUGACAGCAGAAACCAAAUUGCCGUUGCAACUCUUGUGCAGCCUUAAGGCAAAAAAAAAAAACUGGUAUACAUUGUCAACAGCCUGGGAAGGAGUAGCAAAGCAUUGCCUCCUUGUACUGUUAACUGACCAAAGGAGAUUUUUUUUUUUUUAAAUCAAGAAUAUUUGAAUCACAAACUUGUCUGUGGGUGUGGUGGUGCUGCUGUGUACAGUUACAGUACUGUAGUUCCUAAAGGGUUUGGUUUUAUCCACUUCUGCUUGCUCUGCCUGUUGGUGUGGGUGAGACUGUUACUACAGUAGUCUACCACCAGAGCACCUGGGGAGCCUCACUGAUGCUUUGGCCUCAAUAAAGAUUUUUAUUUAAUGA